AUGGAUGGUAUUGUUGAAGAAGCACAAGUCAACGAACCAAGCUACCUUCGACUGGCAGUUAGAAGAGAAACCCUGAGACUCCACCCAACAGCCCCACUGCUGCUGCCUAGAGAGGGCCAGUCGACAUGCCACGUGGAGGGCUACGAGAUCCCGGCGGGGACCCGGAUCAUCGUCAACGCAUGGGCGAUCGCGCGGGAUCCCAAGUACUGGUCGGAGCCGGAACGGUUUGUGCCGGAGCAGUUCGCAGCGCCCGGCGACGCAGAUUACAAGGGGACCAACUUCGAGUACCUGCCGUUCGGAUCGGGGCGGCGGAUGUGCCCCGGGAUGGUGUUCGGCCUCGCCAGCGUGUCCGUGGCCCUCGCGGAGCUGCUCCGCCGAUUCGACUGGCGGGUGCCCGAAGGGACGACGACGGCGGAGGAGCUCGACAUGGAGGAGACCGGCGGCGCCACCGCCAUGCGGAGGGUCGACCUGGUCUUGGUGGCCACUACCAGGGAUCCAAAGUGAACGGAGACUGACGUGCUAGAAGAAAUGUUUUCCGUAGACAAUACUGCAGGGCAUAUAAUCUACCUGCUUUUAAGGAGGAUAUGCCCAAACUAUUACUAUCUCCACAGUAGGGCGCCUGAUAGGGAUUUGAGGAUUAUAGAUUCGAGUCCCACACUCCCACGUGACGGACUCUAGAUAUACAGUGAUUGGAAGGAGCCUAGCGCACGAUUCUCUAAGACCGAAAUGUUUUUCUUUACUAAGAAUAAUGUAAUUGAAUAGAUCACAAUUGCCGAACCUCUACUAAAAAAAAGUACAAAUAUAGAAAUGCUGCUGUGAGCAAUAAUCUGUCUUCUUACUGCUGGUAAGUGUAUACAGAGAUUAAAAUACUUUUCUUAAAAGAGUUUAAAAGUCUAUUCGCCCAACAU